AUGACACAAGCCAAGCCUCGAGCGCGGGCGUUGGCCGGUGCCGUUUUGGCUGCGAGUAGCUAUUUGGACACGCUGUGCACCAGGUGCUACAAACCAGGCCACAUUGCCAGGAACUGCCGCCGUAUGAGGAAGAAGCGAAAGGCCCGGCGCGGGGGCUUCAAAGACCUUGACGGAGCUUUGUCGUUCAUCAUCGAACAAGGUGAGAAGAGACGGUUAGCGAGGGAGAAGGGAGGCGAGGAUGCUUCCGGGACUACGGUGUCCGGCAACACGGGCACUUCGGCAGGUAUGGGUGGCAUGUUUGGCGGCUUUGGAGCCGCAGAGACUUGUCAGACUCCGGGCUUUGGCGUUUUGAGCGUCAGAGUCAACGAGGGCGGUAAAUCUGCUCCGGGUAUCUUCGACGCCGCAGGUCCUUGCAAGUUUUCGGGUUUCGGUGCUCCCGCCGUUCAAGGCAAUAAUGGCGGUAAACCUUUUUCGGAUAUCUUCAAGGCCACGGGGACUCCUCAAACGUCCAUUUUUGAUGUUUUUUCAACUCCUGCAGCCAUUAGGGGCAACAACAAUUCUGCGGACAUCUUCAAAGCCAGUGAUGCUUCUCAAACAUCCAUUUUUAACGUAUUUUCAACUCCUGCGGUCAACAAGGGCAAUAACAAUGCUGCAGAUAUUUUCAAAAGCAGAGGUACUCCUCAAACAUCCGUUUUUGACUUUUUUUCAGACCCUGCCAUCAACGAGGGCAACAACAAGACUACGGACAUUUUCAAAGCUAGAGGUACUUCUCAAACAUCCGUUUUUAACGUUUUUUCAACCCCUUCGGUCAAUGAGCGCGGCAAAAAUGCUGCGAAUGUCUUCAAAACCACCGCCACUCCUCAAAAGUCUGUUUUUGGUAUUUAG